AUGCCAGGUUGCCAGCGCCGCCGUCUGCCCGCACCGAGCCUGCCGCCGACAAAAUCUCAGGCCUACCACUUCCAUUCCACAUUGUUCAGUUCCUCUCGAACCUCAGAGGAGAUCCCUGGCGCUGCUGAGGCCAAGUUCCUCCGUGUCCCGGAGUUCCUUUCGCCCCCGUGGGACCCCGGCCUCGGCCCUCUCUCUGGGGACGCCCGGCCCACAAAUAUACCUAUUUCCCCCCUAUCAGAGAAAAUCCACAAGCUGUACCAGCGAAAACUCCACGGAGACUUUGACACAAACAGCCACAUCCAGAAGAAGAAAGAGUUCAGAAACCCCAGCAUUUACGAGAAGCUCAUUCAGUUCUGCAGCAUCGACGAACUGGGAACAAACUACCCCAAAGACAUGUUCGAUCCUCACGGCUGGUCAGAAGACUCGUACUACGAAGGCCUCGCCAAAGCCCAAAAGGUGGACAUGGACAAACUAGAAAAGGCUAAAAAGGAACGUACGAAGAUUGAGUUUGUGACGGGGACAAAGAAAGGAACCAACCCCUCGAACAGCGCCGCCCCCACGUCCAGCAGCAGCACAUCCACAGACGCUCAGAAGAGGAAAAGCAAAUGGGACUCUGCCAUCCCGGUGACCCAGCCCAACAUCAUCACCACCUCCGGCUCGCUGCCCGCCGUCGUCUCCGUGACAACCACCGCCAGCGGCACCAAAACCACCGUGAUCUCCGCCGUGGGCACCAUCGCCAAAAAGACCAAGCAGUGA